GAUUAGAACAGGAUGUGAGUACAGCUGCAGACACUUUGUGGGAGUGUGCGCGUCGGAAAUAGCAAAGUGGUGCGACAGAAACACACAGAUGUUACUUGGGAAUUAAUAAUUUAGGUACUGGCUGUAUCAAACCCGCACAAGACAGGACAAAUAACACAGCACAGCGCGCAAAGAGAGAGGGCGAGCUAGCAGAGCGCAAGAAGACAGUGGAAUGGCAUCGCCCCAGCCCAUUAAGGGUAUUCUGAAAAACAAGAGCAAACGGACUUGCGCCGAGGCCGAGCCUGAGGUAAAGCCGGCGGUAGAGAAGCGGGAGAGAGAGGCUCCAGAGCCCGGCGAAGAGGACCAGCAAAAGAAGUCACAAAAAUGGGACGAAAUGAACAUCUUGGCGACCUACCACCCCGCGGAUAAGGAUUAUGGCUUGAUGAAAAUCGACGAGCCCAGCACACCUUACCAUAGGAUGGUAGGAGAUGAUGACGAAGGGGCUGUGAGUGAUUCUGAAUCAAACGAAGCAAUUGCUGCUGACGAUUUGGCGCAGAAGCUGGCGGCAGCAGAAGGCAAAGAUCCCAAAAUUUUCAUGAGGGAGGAGGAAGAGAGCAGCGAGGAAGAGGACGAGGAGCUGUCUCCGGAAGAAGAAGCGAAAAAGAAUGAGUUUGAAAUGAAGAGGAAAAUGCACUAUAAUGAAGGCAUGAACAUUAAGCUGGCGAGGCAGCUGAUAGCUACCGAGCUGCAGGAGGAUGAAGAGGAGGAGGAGGAGGAUUAUCGGGACGAGGAGAUGAAGGAUGAGACAGAGGACAUAAACAUAGACCCUCCACAAGGUGUAAUUAUUGAAAGCCAAGAACUAGAAUCGCAGGAUUCCUAGAAGAGGAGGAAAAAAAAAAAGUAUACGAGCCAGCUCUGUAACUGCAGCAUCGCGUCAGGGAUGCAAGUAAUAGUUGCUUCAGAGCUGGGUCAAAGAACACGCUGCUGCUCCACAGCUACGCCAUUCACACCUGUAUUUAUGAACACUGUAAUGAAGCCAACUUUAGAAUGUAUUAUUAGCAAGAAAGAAAAAAAGACUGUUAACUGACAUAGGCCAAGGAUGCUUGCCCAUUGUAUCCCAUUGCCUAAGGGCACUACCACGUGAACUCCACUCCAUCGACACGCGUACAGGAAUCAAAGCACUCUUUGUCUUGGCUGCCUAUCUGCUAACACCUCUGAGAGAGGCACCAUUUGUGACCUUUUUCAUUAUAUAUAUAUAUAUAUAUAUAUAUAUAUAUAUAUAUAUAUAUAAUGUGUUCUCCAAGAUGUUCUGAACCUAAUGCAAGCAUUGUUCUGCACUGAAAAUGAAGCAGUUCUGGUUGAACUUAAUUGUUACUAUCCAUGUGUUGUGGGUGUUUUUUUUUUUAAGAUGAUUUUACAGUAGGAGAGUGUAUCAAAAACACUACACAAGUUUGCUAACAUAAAGAUGCUCAGAAGUGAUGUCACACCUGUGUUUUAAACUGGCACUGAAUUACUGUAUGCCGCUUCCCCAUUGCAAUGGGGAUUAUUUUGUUGUUUUAAUGUGGAUUCAUGCCUUUGUGGAAAUCAUUAUUUUAUGAUGGAUAUUAUGACUGCUAAUAAAAUAACUGUUCUUCUCUGCC